UCAGGUGUACCUGAGUGCAGGGGCUAUAAGAAGGGGAUUACAGAGUGCUGGCUGCUAUAUAGCCUGUCGGCUUCGGUAAUAUCAGGGAUCUCUGGAGUGUGGAGACCUGUCAGAAGGGGAACUAGAAUGCUGAAUUCUACAGGUGGGGCAUUCUAGAAUGCUGAAUACUACAGGUGGGGUAUUAUCUACCAAGAAGGGGGUCUAGAAUGCUGUGUUCUGCAGCUAGGGAAUAACAGCUCUUUACACCAGGUUCAGCAUCGGGGUUAUAGAGAAUGGUUUCAAGAAUGGGGUAUCCUAAAGCUUAGAAUUUCUAGACAGCUGCAGAUAAGGGGAAUUUGUCAUCAUCAGUUACCACCCCCGCCCCUCUACCGGUAGUCGUCUUUUUGAUUUGCCAGCCACCAUUGGAUCCUGUACACAGAAGGUUUUUCUGAAUAUACUGAGCAGUGAUCUGACCAAACAAACGUCUUCAUUCAACACUUAUCCUUUGGUUCUAAACGCCACUGAUUGGCCAAGACGCUAGGGAUGAAUGGUGGUUGUGAGCCACCACCCCCUCUUGGGGAGAGAGGGAGAAGAACGCGAGCCUCUCGGGAAAUGGAGGGAACCCAGCAGGAUGAGACAGACACCAAUAGCCAUGGCUCCAGCGGCAAUGAGUCAAAUGGCAACGAAUCUCGCAAUAGCCGGAGCUCUCACAGCAGCACCAGUGGAAACGGGAAGGACUCUGCCAUGUUGGAAGCAACAGAGAGCAGCAAAAGCACAAACUCAAAUAGUCCCUCGCCCCCCAGUAGCUCCAUUGCUUACAGCCUCCUGAGUGCAAGCUCUGAGCAGGACAACCCUUCAACAAGUGGCUGCAGUAGUGAACAGUCAGCUCGUGAGAAGAAUCAGAAAGAGCUGAUGAAGGCCUUAAAGGAACUGAAGAUUCGUCUCCCGUCAGAGAAGAGAGGAAAGGGAAAAUCCGGGACGCUUGCCACCUUGCAAUAUGCCUUAUCUUGUGUCAAGCAAGUACGAGCCAACCAGGAGUACUACCAGCAAUGGACUAUCGAUGAGUCUCAGCCUUGUGGUCUCGACAUGUCCAGUUUUACUAUUGAUGAAGUAGAGAGCAUCACUUCGGAGUACACUCUAAAAAACCCGGAUACGUUCUCUGUUGCGGUCUCAUUCAUCACUGGCCGUAUUGUGUACAUCUCGGACCAGGCAUCGCUCAUUCUGCACUGCAAGAGAGAUGUGUUUAAGGGAGCAAUGUUCGCAGAGUUCCUUGCACCGCAGGAUGUCAGUGUCUUUUAUGGAUCAACAGCACCUUAUCACCUGCCAUCAUGGAGCAGCUGCACCUCUGGAGAAACUACAUCUAUGGACUGCACUCAGGAGAAGUCUGUAUUCUGCCGGAUCAGUGGGGGCCGAGAGCGGGAUUUGAACAUCCGCUAUCACCCAUUCCGCCUCACCCCGUACCUGAUGAAGGUGCGAGAUUCGGACAGUGCGGAGGGUCAGCCCUGCUGCCUGCUUAUCGCAGAGAAGAUCCACUCUGGAUACGAGGCUCCUCGAAUCCCCACAGAUAAAAGAAUUUUUACUACACGACACACACCAAGCUGUUUAUUCCAAGAGGUGGAUGAGAGAGCCGUGCCUCUGCUGGGUUACCUCCCUCAGGACCUCAUAGGCAUGCCUGUCCUUUGUUUUGUUCACCCUGAGGACCGCCCUCUAAUGCUGGCUAUCCACAAGAAAGUUCUACAACAAGCUGGGCAGCCCUUCGAUCAUUCCCCUAUCCGCUUUUGUGCACGCUCUGGAGAAUAUGUGACGAUUGACACCAGCUGGAGUAGUUUUGUGAACCCCUGGAGCCGGAAAGUGGCGUUUAUAUUGGGGAGACACAAAGUGCGCACGAGUCCUCUUAAUGAAGAUAUCUUCACUGCCCCCAAAGGGGCAGAGCUUAAAUCUCUGGACCCCGACAUCCAGGAAUUGUCAGAGCAGAUCCAUCGGAUACUUAUACAGCCUGUGCAUAAUACAACAUCUGGGGGAAAUGGCAGUGGUGGAAGCAACAUAUCGCAAGAACCAUUCCACUGCAAUGGCUCUUCGAGUGACAGCAAUGCAAUGGUUACCGAGGAGGGGGCCGAUCCUAAACCACAGAUGACGUUUCAAGAGUUUUGUCAGAAUGUCAACAUGGUAAAGAAUCAGGGUCAGCAGCUAUUCCUGGGAUCAAGAGCUAUACGUACUCACCAGAGGGGACAUUUCCAAGCUCUUGCAUCUCGUCCAGCUCCCCACCAGGCUGUGGAGAGUACUCCCAUGGAAGUAGCAACUCCUAGGAUUCCGUGUGUUCCAGAAGAGCUGACACGGAAAGAGACCACAAACUAUUCUUAUCAGCAGAUCAACUGCCUGGACAGCAUUAUCCGGUAUUUAGAAAGCUGUAACCUCCCUGGCACAGUAAAACGGAAAUGUGGCUCUUCGUCCUACACCUCAUCCACAUCUGAGGAGGAGAAACCUAUAACGGGGGAGAGUGACAAGGAAGAUCCUUCUGGUGGUCCAUCACGGCAGCCAGAUUUGCGUCCUCCAUUGCCACCUACUGCAGUGGGUUCUUCCCCGCUCGCUCCACUACCUCCACUUCCUCUAAGCAAAGCUGAGAGCGUGGUUUCUAUUACCAGUCAGGGAAGUUUCAGCAGCACUAUUGUCCAUGUUGGAGAUAAGAAACCUCCAGACUCUGACUGCAAUGUUCUGCCUCCUCCUACAGACAUGGUUAUGAUGGAAAAGUCUCCAUGUCCUGCAGUUCCUGCUCCUCCCCUUUGCACACUUGGUUUAACCAAGGAGGUUUUGUCGGCUCACACUCAAAGGGAAGAGCAGGCCUUCCUCACCCGUGUCCAUAACCUCAGCCAGCUUAGAGUGUUUGAUCCAAUCCCUGUUGGGACCUGGGAGAAACAGAACCAGCGGCCUCCUCAAGGUACAAAGCCUCUACGGUCUCAUCACCAUCACAAUGCCUCUGCUGACACACAAACGCCUCCAUCCAGGAAUGGUGGGCGCCGAGGACGUAGUGGGAAAUCCAAAGCUAAGCGCCCUAAGCAAGGCAAACAUAUUUCAUCCAGCUCAACGUCAAGCCCCCAGCACCCUCAAGCCUCUCUUCUUCCUCCUCCUCCACCAGUAAUGCCAGGUUAUCCCCUCCCUAUGUAUCCUCCCCAGACUGCUGCUCCAGAUCCUGCCCCAUCACUUAACAGAUAUCCACUUGUCACUCCUAUUGUGGCUUUGGUGCUCCCGAACUACCUCUUCCAGCCUCCUCCUGUUGCACCUACAUUCUACCCAGGAGUAUCUGGAUUUCCUCCUUUUGCUGCCACUGCAGAAGCUCCGCCAUCUGCAGCUGAAGCCCCACCACCAACACCAGCUCCACCUCCCCAAUCUUCGUCCUGCCCUCCUCAAUCCCGAUCCUCCUCCCCUCCACAGCGGCUAUUCCCGUCCCGUUGCAGUUCUCCACUGCAGCUUGAUCUGCUGCAGUUGGAGGAGUUGCCACAAUCCGGGGCAGCAGUAGGGGGAGAGUGGGAGCUUGAAGAAGAAGCUAAAGCUGUAAAAGGACGGACAACUCCUGGGAGCACAACAGGAGCAGUAGGGGGAGUUCCCAAUGCAGCUUCAGGAAAUGGAAUAGAGGACAGGCAGCCUGAGAACUGCAUGGGUGAUCAACAAGAAUCCUCCUCGCACAAUGACGCUCUUUCCAGCUCUAGUGACCUUCUUGAUCUGCUCCUGCAGGAAGAUUCCUGCUCAGGAACUGGAUCUGCGGCCUCCGGAUCCAUGGGUUCUAAUGGAGGAAGCACCUCUGCCUGCGGCACUAGAAGCAGCGAGAGUAGCAAUACCAGCAAGUAUUUUGGAAGCAUUGACUCAUCGGAGACAGACCUGAGAGUAAAAAAGGCAGAAAGAGAGGAGGCUGAGCGAAAAGCUAUCAUAUAUGUCAUGCAGGACCCACUUUGGUUGUUGAUGGCCAACGCUGACCACGAAGUGAUGAUGUCAUACCAGAUCCCAACCAGAGAUAUGGAGAGUGUACUCAAGGAAGAUCGAGAGAAGCUCCGUCAGCUACAAAGACACCAACCCAAGUUCAGUGAGGAGCAGAAAAAAGAACUGGGGGAGGUCCACAGUUGGGUACGAAGAGGACGAAUACCACAUGUCAUGAAUAUUACCUCCUGCACUGGCUGUUCCGCAGACGCACCACCCUACGAUGACGAUUUUGACAUGUCUACAAUGAUGGAAGAGGGGACAGAAUGCCCAGCGACAGGAGAGGAAGCAGUUAGGGAGGUGGGGAAUGGGUGAAAGGAAGUUCUAACAUCUAUUUUCCAGGACCAUAAAUAAUCCAAAGCUGCCUUAUUAGUCCUAUUGCCCUGUCGAUUAGUAAUCACAUGACAACUGGCCGAAUGCCCUCUGCAUUCAGUUCUUGAUGUAAGAGAGGUUUCUUUGACAGCUGCCAAUUCCCCUUGUAGAGGAACUAAAUACUUGGGAUUUGAUUUUCGUAGACAAUGGCACCACUUUCUGUAGACAAUCUGCCAUUUUCAUCAUGUGAGAACUUGGAUUACAAACAAUUGUGCUGGCACCAGCCAUUUCGAAGGAGAGACAAAAGGAAAAGACAAUCUAUUUUUUAAAAACAUUAAUUUAUGAAACUUGUCAGUUCAGGGGGGCGAGCAGAUAGACGGUAAAGGAGCCUUGAUAAUGAUGGGCUGCUUGGAAGAGCUUGAAUCUAAUAUUUAUACUAUUUUUUUGCCAAGAUGUAAAUAAAAGUUAUUCUGUUUU